UUUUUUUUGGGGGAAAUUUCUUUUGCCUUUUGAUCAACUACCUGAAUCCCCUGCAACUUUGCUGCUCCACGGAUUCGGUCAUCUCAUCCCCCACUUCUAUCGCGAUGUCUCCGCGGUCGGGAACUCCGCCGCCGGAGACCCGUCUACUAAAGAAACUCUGGUCCGCAAUGCCAAUGUCCGGCCCGGACCUUUCCGGCUGGGUCUGCGCCUUCCAGUCUAUCUAUUUCGCGUCCCGCCAUUGCGCUCUCCUUAUUUUUACCGUCCUUUCUCUGCAACUUCUCCUCUUUCUUUCUACUCGUUCCCUGCCCUCUCCUCUUUUUAUCUUUCGACACCCUGCCGUUACCGUCGCCAUCGCCGUCGCUCCAGCCCCGGCCACGGUAGCCCCCUGCGACAACGGCUUGCUUUACGUCUACGACAUCCCUCCCAAGUUCAACAGAGAGUUAAUAACCGAUUGCUCCGGUCUCAAUCCAUGGGUUUCUCGUUGCGACGCUCUUUCCAACGGAGGAUUCGGCGCCCCUGCCGCCGAUCUUGCCGGAAUCGUGCCGGAUUCCCUCAUGUCUUCCUGGUUCUCCACCGAUCAAUUCAUCGCCGAGCUGAUUUUUCAUCGACGCUUGCUCGCCCACCGUUGCCGAACCCGAAACCCCUCCGCCGCAUCAGCAUUUUACAUCCCCUUCUAUGCCGGCCUCGCCGUAGGAAAACACCUCUGGUCUUCCACCUCAAGCUCCGACGAUCGCGACCGCACUUGCACCGAUCUCCUCAGGUGGAUCGAUUCCCAAUCUCCGUGGAGGAAAUCCGGCGGUUGGGAUCAUUUCAUCACGCUUGGUCGCAUAACAUGGGACUUCCGAAGGUCGAACGACCGCGAUUGGGGCGGGAGCUUUCUCUAUAUGCCGGGAAUGGAGAACGUGACUCGCCUCCUAAUCGAACGAAACCCAUGGGACGACCGCGACGUGGGGAUUCCGUAUCCCAUAGGCUUCCAUCCACGGACCGCGGGAGAGGUGCGGGCCUGGCAGGCGUUUGUGAUGAACCGGACCCGAUCGACCCUCAUUAGCUUCGCCGGCGCCGCGCGUGCGAGCAUUAAGGAUGAUUUUAGAGGUUUAUUGCUGUCGGAAUGCGCUGGGGCGGGAGGCGCGUGUCGAGCGGUAGAUUGCAGUGGUGGGAGGUGCGGAAACCGUAGCGCGGAGACGUUAAGCCUUUUUCUAGAUUCAGUAUUCUGCUUGCAGCCGAGGGGAGAUAGCUUCACGCGGCGGUCGAUGUUCGAUUGCAUGGUCGCCGGUGCGAUUCCGGUUAUCUUUUGGCGGCGGAGCGCGUACGAACAGUACACGUGGUAUUUGCCAGGAGAAAAGGAGGAGGCUGGGGAGUGGUCGGUGUUCAUUGAUCGGAGGGAGGUGAGGAGCGGGGCGGUAAGCGUGAGGGGGGUGUUGGAUGGGAUUGGCGAAGAGAAGAUUCGAAGGAUGAGGGAGAGGGUGGUGGAUUUGAUACCGAAGCUGGUGUACGCAAGGGCGGAGGAAGGACUCGAUGAGGGGAUGGAGGAUGCCUUCGACGUGGCGGUGCAAGGGGUGCUCCGCCGGUUUCAGGGAAAUGGCUACCGACGGUGACGGUAAACUGUACAGGUACUUGUUUACACUUUUGUUAGCUAUUAAAUUCGAUUUCUAUAUUUUUAAGUCUGAAAUAAAGUGAUUGUAUAUUGAAUGUACUUUUGUUGGAGAGUAGAGGAUAGAUUUCUUAGCAGCAGAAUUCAGCUACAUUAUUUGAAGUAUGGGAGUGAAUAGGAUUGGAACAAGGCAACAUUUCUUUAUGCUUGUUAAUUCUAUGCUACAGUGUACUAUUCCAUAAUCUAUAGAAAUAAAUUGUUAAGCUUA